AUGGGAGAAGCAGAGAGAAAGGAAGAUGUGUUAGCAUCAGUUCACACCAUCGUGUUCAAAGAAUCAGAAAGCCUUGAUGGAAAGUGCCUUAAGAUUGAAGGCUAUGAUUUCAACCGUGGCGUUAAUUAUCCGAUGCUAGUCAGGUCCAUGAUCACCACUGGGUUUCAGGCUUCGAAUCUCGGUGAUGCCAUCCUAGUUGUUGAUCAAAUGCUAGAUUGGAGGCUAGUUGAUGAACCCGUGACUGAGGAUUGCAGUGACCAUGAGAGGGACUUGGAGUACCGAAAAUCUGUGACUUGUAAAAUCUUUCUGGGUUUCACUUCAAAUCUUAUUUCCUCUGGUGUUAGAGACACUGUUCGAUUUCUUCUUCAGCAUCGCAUGGUUGAUGUAGUUGUUACAACUACAGGUGGGAUUGAAGAAGAUCUUAUAAAGUGCCUUGCACCAACAUAUAAAGGAGAUUUCUCUCUGCCUGGAGCGAGUCUUCGCUCGAAAGGGUUGAAUCGGAUUGGUAAUUUGCUGGUCCCUAAUGACAACUAUUGCAAAUUUGAGGACUGGAUUAUCCCUAUUUUGGAUCAGAUGUUAAAGGAACAAAAUAAUGAGAAUGUGUUGUGGACACCAUCUAAGUUAAUAGCUCGCUUGGGAAAAGAAAUAAACAACGAAAGCUCUUACCUUUACUGGGCAUACAAGAACAACAUUCCAGUUUUCUGUCCGGGCUUAACUGAUGGCUCAUUGGGGGACAUGCUGUACUUCCAUUCCUUCCGCAAUCCUGGUCUGAUUGUAGAUAUAGUGCAAGAUAUAAGGGCAAUGAAUGGUGAAGCUGUACAUGCAAGUCCCAGGAAGACGGGAAUGAUUAUUUUAGGAGGUGGCCUUCCAAAACAUCACAUUUGCAAUGCCAAUAUGAUGCGUAACGGGGCAGACUAUGCUGUUUUUAUCAAUACUGCACAAGAAUAUGAUGGUAGUGAUUCUGGAGCUCGUCCUGAUGAGGCUGUUUCAUGGGGGAAAUUACGUGGAUCUGCUCAAGCUGUCAAGGUACACUGUGAUGCAACGAUAGCAUUCCCUCUGCUGGUUGCUGAAACGUUUGCUUCAAGAGUUCAUCAACCUCAACAGUGA